AUGCAAUGGACUCGAGGCGCGGACUGAACCUGUGGAAGCCGCGAUGAGCAGCUGAUCCUCCCGCAGUGGAUAAACCAAGAGCGCGAUGGUCCCCGCUGCGUCAUGAUCCCCGUGGCUGCGCACGGCUCAGCGAACCAGUUCCUGGAGAGGUCGAGACAAAGGGACGUGACAGGGAGGAGACGUGCGUGGAGCCGGUGAAGGAGCGAAGUGUUCCCGGACCUGUUGAUCAUCCGCGUGACGCUGACUCUACCUGCAGAUCCCCGGUGACCGCGCACCGACGCGCAAUCAUGUUUCUGUCCGCGUUUCUCCUCCUCACCUCCUCCCACCUCCUGGCGCCUCUGCUGCUGGGUUACCUGCCGCACGUCUCCGCGCAGAAGCCUGGCUCACGGUGGCUGAUUGGGGACAGAGACAAUCACUGUGGGGUCAUCUGCUCACGGACGCAGGGGAAGCCAGUGUGCGGCUCGGACGGGCGGAGCUACGAGACCGGCUGUGAGCUGCAGAGGGCGCGAUGCAAAGAUAAGACUCUGACACUGGCCCACCGCGGCCGCUGUCGAGGUAAAAACUGGGUGAAACUUGACCAGUUGCCAGUGGCUCCAGCACCGACCUCCAUGCCUGAGGGGAGAGACCUUGAGGUCAAAGAUGCAGGUCAGUCCAAGUGUCGUGUUGAGAGGAGCCAGGCUUUGGAACAAGCCCGGAGACCUCAGGAGUCCAUGUUUAUCCCAGAAUGCAACGAGGAUGGGACAUUUGCCCAGGUCCAGUGCCACACUCUGACAGGUUACUGCUGGUGUGUCACCAGUGACGGGAAACCAGUGAGUGGCUCCUCUGUGCAAAACAGGACCCCAGUGUGUUCAGGGUCAGUAACAGACAAACCACCCGGGCCACCAAACUCUGGUAGAAAAGUCCACACCUGGAUCAAUCAGUAUUUGAGAAAUACCUUUGACCAGCUCAGGUCAGUUCGGCCUCGGGUGUUUCAACACACUGACACAUCAUCUCAUUUCAGGACUGAUAUUGUAGAAAAUGACCCCAAUCAAAGUUUUUUUUUUCCCCUGUGGUUUGCUUUUGAUUUAAUUAUUUUCCAAAGGGAUUUUCCAGAUGCGACAAAACUGCCAACGGUUUCUUUCCAUUUCUUUCUCACCCUCAACCCAGAUGAUGGCUCCAAGCCCACACCCACCAUGGAGACCCACGUCCCCCCUGAGGGUGACGAGAUAACUGCUCCAACACUGUGGAUAAAACAGCUGGUUAAGCAGAACAGCUCCAGUUCCAGGAAGCAAGAGAAGGUUCCCUCUUGUGACCAGGAGAGACAGAGCGCCCUGGACGAGGAUCGGCAGAACCCUCGCGAGGCCAUUUUCAUCCCCGACUGUGGAGCCGGAGGUCUUUACAAAGCCGUCCAGUGUCACCAGUCCACGGGCUACUGCUGGUGUGUUCUCGUGGACACAGGUCGGCCCAUUCCUGGAACCUCCACCCGGUACCAGAAGCCAGAGUGUGACAUCACUGCACGAUCUCGGGUCUCAGACACAGAAGAUCCCUUCCAGGGCAGAGAACUGGCAGGAUGCCCCGAGGGGAAAAAAGUGGAAUUCAUUACGAGCUUGUUAGAUGCCCUCACCACAGACAUGGUGCAAGCCAUAAACUCACCAGCCCCCUCUGGUGGCGGGAGGUUUGUUGAGCCUGAUCCCAGUCACACUUUAGAGGAGCGGGUGGUGCACUGGUACUUCGCCCAGCUGGAUAACAACAGCAGCCAUGACAUAAAUAAGAAGGAACUAAAACCUUUCAAGAAGUACCUGAAGAAAAAAGCCAAACCCAAGAAAUGCUCCCGCAAGUUCAUCGACUACUGUGACCUGAAUAAGGACAGGGCCAUUUCCCUGCAAGAGCUGAAAGGCUGCCUGGGCGUCAGCAAGGAGGGUACCUCAACAAGUGGCAGCCAAGGGACAAGGCAAGGGACAAAUUUGUUCAUAGGUCGUCUGGUGUGAGACGAGAAGGAUCUAGAAGCUGAGAUGAGAGCACAGGGCACAGAGGGAAGGCAUCUGUACGCUUGCUGACAGGAAAGAGAAAGAUGGAGCAGAAAAAUUAUGACGUUCCUGAGUUAAACAAAAAAAAGAACAGAAAAAACAAGAAAAGAAAAUGAAGCGGCGCCAAAAUAUUUGCACUUUCUCCUCCCUAUGUUUGACAUUUUACCUGUUUGUACGUGUUGUUUUCCCCUGAAGUGACUGAAAAUGUCUCGGUAAGAACGAUGAAUAUAUUUGUUAAGAGAUGAGAUGACCGGCUCGCCACUGGAAGUAUGUCCAUGUUUCCACUAAAAUAUACAACAUCCAAGUCCCCUGAUACAUACAGUAGCACGCAGGCAGUGGCAGUGCACUAAAGAGGAGCCCACUCAAAAAUCAACCACGGUGAUUUGGACCAAUUCAAACGAAUGUGUCAUUUGUAUGUGAACAUGCAAUAUUAAGCAAACCACAUUCAAUAACUGUGAUCAGCCCAGAAUUAGCUGAAUGAAUCCCCCCCCCCUUGCACUGUACAGACAUUUUUUAGAACGAUUAACAUUUUGGCUCAAGAAUCAGAUGUUUGUGAACAAAAUCUGACAGUUGAUGUGUCUGUUCUUUGUUUACUGAAUACAAGUGUUGGGCAAACGCUAGUUAGUAGUUAGUAGUAAGCUAGUUACUUUACUAGCUAACUUUAAAGUAUUAUUUUUGCAACCAGAAAAAAAAACUCACAAGUACAAACUGUCGUAUGUACUUAGUGGUUUUCUCAGUUUUUAGCAUAAUGUCUGCACAAGAUGUUUUUCUACUUGUUUGCAAGGUUUGUGCUAAAAAAACAAACAACGAAAUAAUUACAGCUCAAAGAAAUAAACAUUCAUUAGUGGCUGGGACAUGGAACAAACUAAAAUGUCGAAGUAUACGUCAAAUUUCAUUUUUCUCAAAGAUGGUUUCUGUCAUUUUGGGUAGUUCCUAUCACACUGAUGUAGGCUCAAGUGUUCAUUCUUCUCCUAAGUUUGAUUUUACGCAGUCAAACCUGAAAACUCUGAAUUCCCUUUUGCUAUUGAAUUUUACGUGUGGUCAUUAACAGUUCAUCAGCUUAUACUUGUAACCAUUACACCCGGAACAACAUUUACAAAUAACUGGCCCCUUGGUUAAUCUUUCCAAAACAGAAUAGAGUCCAGAGACUUGAGUUUUGAAUAUCCUUCGUAGUACCGGGAAAAAGGAGACGACUGAACCCAUGGAAGUCAGAUGUUUACAUGGGCAGGUAUCCCAUUAAUAUCAGCUCAGUUCAGCUGCCAUAUUCAACUUUAUUCCUGUCAUUGUAAACAAGAUGUGGCGUUUUACAAAAGCCAGCACCUAAAAUAAAUAUUUGAGUCUGCCCAGUAAUAUCAAGAGUGCAUUUUGUGUAUGUAAACACAUUCAUUGUCUGUCUUCCAACAAUUGAUGUCAGUCCUGCUCUAUGAAACACUCGACACUGUGCGUACUUGGAGCUUUGCCACCUUGUGUAAGACAGAGCCGUAAGUCCUGCCCCCCCCCCCACAGGGUGUCCAAUUAACAGGAACGUGACUGCGCAGGGAGGAAAAAACUUUAUGAACAUGUUUUGGAAUGUGAAAAAUAAAAUGUAUUCCUCACAUUUGGGAACAAUUGAGUUUGAAGAAA